CGUUACUCGUGCUGGUUUAGAACUAACAGGAAACUGAGGUUUAUUAUUGUAUAAAGUAGGAGUAAACAAAAAAUUUGCAAAAAUGGUGGAUCAAUUUGUGGGAACAUGGAAAAUGAUUUCCAGUGACAAUUUUGACGAAUACAUGAAGGCACUGGGUGUGGGCUUUGCCACUCGUCAGGUGGGAAACAGGACCAAGCCUAACUUCAUCCUCAGCGUCGACAACCAAGGAUUGAUCAGCAUGAAGUCGCAGAGCACUUUUAAAACUACCGAGGUCAAAUUCAAGUUGAACGAGUCGUUUGAGGAGACCACUGCCGAUGACAGAAAGACCACGACCGUGGUGAGCCUCGAGAACGGAAAACUGGUGCAAAAACAGACCUGGGAUGGCAAGGAGACCACAUUAGAAAGGGAAUUGAAUGAUGGAAAAUUAAUAGCGACCUGCAGGAUGGGAGACGUGGUAGCGGUGAGGACUUAUGUGAAAGAAGCAUGAACCUGGUUUGAACCUGGUGUUUUUUUGGAGAUGCCUGGCUCAGUUCAAUGAGCAGUCAUUUAUUGUUCUUGUUUUCUUCUGUUCAUUCAUUUUGGACACUAAAGCCUUUGCAUGCAGUGUGUUCCCAGAUGCAUUUGAGAUUAAUCUGUGUUAUGCAUUGAAUAAAGAUUUGAUCAUAUCUGCCUUUAA